UUGGACCCGAGCGGGCUUAGUCUGCUCCAAUGAUCGGCCUACCAGGAGGGGGGGGGCUGGCUGACUCAGCUGAUGGUCGGGUUGAUCGGCCCUUUUGCUGACCUAAUUGGAUGAUCCCUUCACGAACCGUAACCCCUCUUCCAUUCUCUGUAGCCCCAGAACAGCCUUACCUUGACACUGGCUGCAUCAUCAAUCAGAUAACAUCAUCGCUGUCGACAUCAUAUCGGGACUAUCCUGAAGAUAGAGUUAGGGAGGCGUCUCGGUCUGAUCAAGCCUCAGUAGCCGUGGACAGGCUCAGCACCUACGAUUCACAUGCAGGGCACACAUCAAGAAAACAAAAUAGGCACCAGCGUCAUACCCAACCAACUCCACAAUGCGAUUUACACAGACCACCACAGCAACGCGCGUACACUUGCCCACAUUACCCAUCCGCUAACAUCAGAAACGAAGAUUACUACCCACAUGCAAAAAGGUAUAUACGGUCGGGGGUCAAGAAGUCGAACAAGUAAAUACAUAGGUGCCUGCGGCCAUAUGCCGGAGUGAGGGAGGGCAACGAAUAAGAAGUAAGG